AUAGACGUAGGGUAUGCAGAUAGUAGGGUGUUUGGCUUCAAGAGAGACAGGCAAGGUUUUAGUUCAAUGAAGUGAAACCACACUUGAAGAAGAAGCAUGUUGCGUAACACCCAGAUAAAUAGCUAAGAAGGAACUUUGCGCAACUUGCUGUAAGGUGAGACAGGAAUUGAAGGAAGGGCCCUGAAAAAAGGCCUUAGCAGCUGUUUACAAGCAUCAGUGGUAGCAAUUACGGAAGAGAGGGAGAGGGAGCGAGCAGCAGAGAAAGAGGCAGAGAGAAAGAGAGCAGGGGCAGAAAACAAGACAGGGGAGAGGCUGCUUUCGUCCAGUGCUAAACCAGUUACUGAUCUUACUGAAGGCUUCCUGUGUCAGCACCAUGGGAAAGUCAGCCUCGAAGCAGUUUUCUGAGGAGGUGCUGCGGUGCCAUAAUGAGUACAGGAGGAAGCACCAGGCCCCUCCGAUGAAGCUGAGCAGCAAGUUGAGCAGAGAGGCCACCCGUUAUGCUGAAAGUUUGGCCAGCACACGGAUCCUGAAACACAGUGUGGAGUCCAGUAGAGGGAGCUGUGGAGAGAACCUGGCGUGGGCCUCCUAUGACCAAUCAGGGAAGGAUGUUGCAGACCGCUGGUAUGAUGAAGUGAAACAGUACAACUUCAACCGUCCUGGAUUCUCCUCUGGCACUGGCCAUUUCACAGCAAUGGUGUGGAAGAGCACUAAUAAGCUGGGUGUCGGUAAGGCCACUGCAUCAGACGGCUCUUCCUUCGUGGUAGCCAGAUACUUCCCUGCUGGGAAUAUCACUAACCAGGGACACUUUGAGAACAACGUCCUCCCAGCGAAAACCACCACCUAAUGAUAUCUCGAUCCCCAACACUUGACUCAUGCCCAAAGGCAUUUAUUCCAUUUUCCAGCAGAGUCUGACGUUAUCUGCCUGAACUGCUAUGAAGAAUACUCAGGAGAGCACCACUUCUUGCCUAGAGAUCCAUAUCUUGCAUGGAUUUUAAAAGAUGAAAUGGCUUAAAGUCCUAUGUUUGUCAUUUGGAAAGGGACCAGUGUGUGAUAUAGUUUUUAGAAUGAAAGAAACACUACUGUUUGACAUUGCUAACAAAACAUUUCCAGUGACCAUUUGGAUUGUUUAUUUAGUCAUGUACAUUGCCUGUGACAGUAUUUCAUCCAUUAAUACCAAUAUGUUUAUAUUUUCAACGACUGAAAUACAUCAUCUCCUCAUAUCUGUAUUUGAGUACGAAUGGGAACUAAGUCAGUCAGAGGGACAGGCUUUACGCAUUUACAUGUGGAGUCAUUGCUUGUAAUUUAGAGCUGAUGGCUCAACUUGCUUGGUAUCCGUUUCUGUUAUUGCCACCACUUGUCAAAGCCGAACCCUGCAGUCCCGGGCAUGUGUUUUGUAUUCUAACCAGUUUUGUACAAUAAAGUUGAUAGAUUGCAUGAGAGAUGCAUCUGGCAUCUGUUUGGG